AUGAAGUUCUCCAUUGCCUCCACUCUCCUCCUUGCCAACGGCAUCGCCGCCAUGCCUUGGUCUUCCCUCAGCACCAAGCAGCCCAAUGGCGAGGAGAUCACCCUCCGCAUCCAGGUCUCCCAGCCCUCUUCCAACCAUGCCUUCUCCCCGAACCACAAGGUGUCGUCAACGUCCACAACUACGAGGUCUGCCUCAAGGUCUGCUGGCCCGAGGAGCCAACAUGCCCUGAGGGCUGGAACUCCAAGAAAUUUGGAGACGGAGACUACCCUUGCUGGACCUGCUGCAAGAAGACUGGUGAUGAUGAUCUCUGAAUAUCGGAUCAGCCAAAGACCCAGAAUAUUGGGCCGUAAAUGUGAGGUGAAUACAAGGAGGACACUGAGCCAAUAUAGCAUAAAUGGACACUCGUUACAAUCCACCAUAAUCUGA